ACCAAUCGCAUCAGCGGUGGCUUAGCCGCCUCCUCUCUGAUUGGUGGAAUCGGGGCGGGGGCGGGGCGGCCCCACCCCAGUCUCCCGCGCCCCCGAGCCUACCGUGGCGCGCCAUGCGGGCGGGGGCGGGGCCGCAAGCCACGCCCCCUCCGCCAGGCCACGCCCCUUCCCCGGUGACCGGCGGCGGCGGCGGCGGCAUGGCCGUGUGGACCCGGGCUUGUAAAACGGGGCUGCUGGAGCUGCUCCUGCGGGACCGCUGGGUCCGCGUGUCGGCCGAACUGACCGGCGAAACGCUGAGCUUAACGGCGGAACCGGGAACCGGCGAUCCGUCGGUGGUGAACGGCGUGGUGAACGGCAACGCGGAGGCGGCGGCACCCGGUGGCGUGAGGAGGGUGCGGGUGGUGAAAGCGGAGGCGGGAGGGCUCGGGAUCAGCAUUAAGGGAGGUCGAGAGAAUCGGAUGCCGGUGCUGAUCUCACGGAUCUUCCCGGGGUUGGCGGCGGAAAGGAGCGGAGCGCUCCGGUUAGGCGACGCCAUCCUCGCCGUUAACGGCGUCGAUCUCCGCGAUGCCACCCACGAUCAAGCUGUGCAGGCGCUGAAGAGAGCCGGGAGGGAGGUCAUCCUUGAAGUGAAGUUCAUGCGGGAGGUGACCCCCUACAUCAAGAAGCCAUCGCUGGUGUCAGACCUGCCGUGGGAGGGGGCAGCCCCGCAGUCCCCCAGCCUGAGUGGCAGUGAGGACUCGGGGUCCCCCCAGCACCAGGGCCCCCGUGACCGCAAGGUGAUCCCCCUCAAGAUGUGCUUCGCUGCCCGGAACCUCAGCAUGCCCGACCUGGAGAACAGGCUGAUCGAGCUGCACUCGCCGGACAGCCGGAACACGCUGGUGCUGCGGUGCCGGGACACGGCCACGGCCCACGCCUGGUUCAGUGCCCUGCACGCCAACAUCGCCGCGCUGCUGCCCCAGGUGCUGGCCGAGCUCAAUGCCACGCUGGGCGCCGGCAGCCCCCCGGCUGGGGGCCGGGAGGUGAAGCACAUCGCCUGGCUGGCCGAGCAGGCACGCCUGGACGGCGGGCGGCAGCAGUGGCGGCCGGUGCUGAUGGCAGUGACGGAGAAGGACCUGCUGCUGUACGAUGGGAUGCCCUGGACCAGGGACGCCUGGGCCUCGCCCUGCCACAGCUACCCGCUGGUGGCCACCAGGCUGGUGCACUCGGGCUCCGGGCGCCGCUCGCCCGCGCUGGGCUCGGAGCUGACGUUCGCCACGCGCACGGGCUCUCGCCAGGGCGUGGAGAUGCACGUGUUCCGCGUGGAGACCCACCGGGACCUGUCGGCGUGGACGCGCGUCCUGGUGCAGGGCUGCCACGCCGCCGCCGAGCUGAUCAAGGAGGUGACCGUGGGCUGCACGCUGGGCGGGCAGGAGGUGCAGCUCUCCAUCCACUACGAGGCCGGGUUCACCAUCUCCCGGGACGAGCCGGGCUCCAGCGUGCUCUUCCGCUACCCCUACGAGCGGCUGAAGAUGUCCGCGGAUGAUGGCAUCAGGACCCUCUACCUGGAUUUCGGGGGCCCCGAGGGGGAGCUGGCGCUGGACCUGCACUCCUGCCCCAAGCCCAUCGUCUUCGUCCUGCACACCUUCCUCUCGGCCAAAGUCACCCGCAUGGGGCUGCUGGCAUAGGUGCCCCAGCGCCCUGGCCCUGUCACCAACCAGCUGGGGGUCACAGAGGGCCCCCCAACCUCUCCUGCCCCAUCAGUGCCUUGCUGGGAGUGGGAUCCCGCCCUGAAUCCCGCCGGGAGCGCGGCAGGACGGCUGCGGGGGGGAGCCCCUCCUGCCCACCCCAGCGUGCCCGGGGGUCGGGGUACACACACCAGCUUUCCCCCCCCGGGGUCGGGGUACACAC